GUUAAGAUUCGGACCUAGGGAGGCGCACUAGGGGACCCCCCCGCCGAACCAGCCGUCCCACCUUUCCGGGGGGGCGUUGGCCGUGAUUGCACAAAACGCGGCCCGACGCCGCAGGGCACUUCCGGGAGCGCAGCGGAGCGCGCAGCCGUCGGGCCGCCGACUCGCCUGGGCGCAAUGGCCCAAGCGUCUUAUCUCUGGCCGAAGUUGGGAAGCGGCAGCAGCCCCGAGGUGCAGGGCGCGCUCCCCCGGCCUGCAGUGGUGUUACUGACAGAUGUCUUUCAUACUGCAGAGAAGAUGGAAAAAAGGACAUGUGCACUCUGCCCCAGAGACCUCGAUUACGGUGUCCUGUAUUUUGCACGAUCAGAGAAAAUAGCCGCUCAUGAAAAUUGCUUGUUAUAUUCCUCAGCACUUGUGGAAUGUGAGGAUCAUGAUCCACAUAAUCAUGGUAGAAAUUUUGAUGUGGAAUCAGUAAAGAAAGAAAUCCACAGAGGAAGGAAGUUGAAAUGUACGUUUUGUGGUAAACGAGGAGCCACCGUGGGAUGUGAUUUAAAAUACUGUGCCAAGAAUUACCACUUUUUCUGUGCCAAGAUGGACAAUGCCUUUCCACACAGUGAUGAAGCUCAAGGAAUUUAUACAGUCUUCUGCAAGCAACAUGCUUCUGAAUCACGAACCAUGGCGCAAAGUGGAAUGAAAAUGAAGAAAGGAAGAAAGAGACGUCUCUCAGCAGACAUUCAUGUGCCGCCACCUGGAACAGUGAUGUUCCCUAGACUCGCGAGACAAGGAGAAGAAGAGUCCGGCAGACACCCAGAUGCAAUUUUAAAGAUUGAUUUUCUUAGGAAAUGUAAGGAAGCAGGACUUCUUGAUGACUUAUUUGAAGAACUGUUAGACAAACUACAUUUGAUUCGAGAAAGACUCGGGGAUGAGACUGCUUCAGAAUCAGAAUAUGAAGAAAUCGCGACUUCACUUUUUGACUGUAGAUUGUUUGAAGAUACAAUUAUAGAUUUUCAAGCAGCAAUAGAGAAUAAAAUUGAUGAAUCUGAAGAAAGACUGCAGCAGCUAAACAAAGAGACUGAACUGCUUCAGGACUUACAGCAAACCAUGUGCUAUUUUCAAGACUACAGAGAUCUUAGGUCAAGUUCCAUUUCAGUAUCGUCCCUUUCUUCUUAAGGAUUACCAUUUCCUAAAUUGCCUGCAGGCCGAGAACUGCAGACCAGGACUGUGGAAGCCACACCUCUUUGGAACCAGGCUUCUUGCUUUCUGAACCACAAACUGCAACCCCCAGCAGUUGUUAACCUGUUCUUGCUGCCCCUACUGGAUGUUCUUCCCACCUCUCCUCCAAUAAAGUUUUUGUCAAAUGA